UGCCCAGAAUUCUAAAGUGUUGAUUAAUUGAAUUAUUUAACAUUUGAUAGUGUUUCCUCUUCCCACAGACCUGUAUGUUUUCUACAAAGCCCCAAAAAGCCAACAGUUGCAGUUAGAUGCUGCCCAGCAGUCUUUGAACUCAGGGAUUCCAAAGAGUCGGACAAGGAAAACAGUGGAAGAAACUCCUCAUUAUCCAAGCUUCCUUAUCGCAUGGUGUUUGCUGUAGCCACUUUAGAUGCAGUUCUUCUGUAUGACACUCAACAGCAAGUCCCAUUUGCUUAUGUCUCCAAUAUACACUACUCAGGCAUUAGCGAUAUGGCAUGGUCAAACAACGGCUCUACUCUUGUGAUAUCCUCCACCGAUGGGUAUUGUUCGAUGUUGUACUUCAAGGAUGGCGAACUGGGUACUCCAUACAAACAUUCCCUGCAAGAAAUCCUUGAGACACCACCCAUCACUAUGAGUACCCCACUCGCUGGCAAACCAAGUAAUACCAGUAGAAACAGCCCAACUGUUGAUUCACCUGAAAAUGUUUCUAGAAAGAUUAUCCUUAACCAAGUUAAUGAAAGCCAACCAGCACCAACAUCACCACUUGUUGAAAAGUCUGAUCCGGGUCUGUCAAAGAAGAAAGAAACCAGAGGCAUUGACCAGUUCACAGUACCCCUAUCUCAAAUAAAGGAGACCAAACCAGUGACACCACGAAGAGUGCCUCUUACUUCCCCAUCAGUUCCUUCUGGUACCACUUCAACAGACCACUCACAGCCAAGACGCGUACAGCUUGUAACCAUGCCAGUGCCUGGUCAGAUGGUGAGAGCUCAACCUGGACAAAUUGUUAGUCCUGCUGGAUUGCAGCCGGUGUACCUUAUUUCUGGCCAGAAUGUAGUACCUGUUACUGUUCAAAAUCAGGCUGGCCAGGCAGUUAACAUGGUACCAAUGCAAAUAGUUAACCCGAGUAAUCAGGGCGGCCAAGUGGUCGCUGUUGGUGGCAAGCAAUCUCAAGGUCCUGUGCAGUUGGUGACAUUUCCAGGAAACGUUGUCCAUGAAACAGGACAAGCAAAUGUAUCUGGUCAAGGCCAAUAUUCAGCUCUGACAUCUAGUAGUGAAUCGCUCCAUCCUUACCCAUUGCAAAUCAAUGCUAACUGGGAAACCCAAUCAAGUGCCACUCCAAUGUGCCAAUCAGGUGCAACAGACACGACAAAUAACCAAUCACCGGCUGUGAAUUCCUCUGAUAUGCCAUCAAGUGAGAACUCUGAGAAAAGAAGAGUUCCAUUUGGAACAGUUGAUCAGAGCAAUAAGUUACAAGAAAGGAAGGAGAAAACAAUCAGGAAACACAUUCCUCUUGAGCCUACAGUGAUCGUCCUUGACUGAAGCUGCAACCUCUUUACAUACACUAGGGAAAUCCUUUUUAAUUCCUCUCUUAUUGCAGCUAAACUAGGUAAAAAGAGGGGGAGGGGCAAUCAAGCAUCUGUUUCUUGUAUUUUGUAAAGGCACAUCUAAUUUCUUUCUAUCUUCUUCCUCCUGACCGCAAAUGCGUGUGUACAUUCUCAGAUUACAGCUUUAUAUGUGCAAAGAAAUACUCCAAAUGGUAUAUCCCCAAUCUUAAGAUUGCUUCUUCCAAUGGUGGGUCGGGUAUAUAAUUCUUAUUGUAAAAGCUUUGGGUGCUUCAAUAAAAAAACGUCCUACU